AUGGAGUUUCAGGCAGGUGAUUGCAAAGCUGCAUACCACAAGAUUAUCUAUGAUGCAGAUUCAAGCCUUAACCACAAUGAAAGGAAUGUUGAAAGGACUUCUGGAGGCUGCGUCACGCACAUCGAGAAUAUAAAAUGGCUCAAGAUCCCCAAGGCACUCAUUGAAGAUGGAUUUGAGCAAAUUUUAGCAAAAUGCAACGGUUAUGCUGGAAAUGCGACUCUCCCAGGUUUCGACGGGGUUCGCUUGAUGACCAGACGCCAUACCCAUCCAGAUGCACAUUCCUAUGAGGAUGAUAUUGAGUUAAACAAAGUUUUCUGCCUCGAUGGCCCCAAAGAUGUCAAAAUAGUCAAGCAAGAUUGUGUGGAGGCCUACAGAUUGAUCCCAACCAAUGCUGCAGGGCGCUUCAUAUCAGUUGACCACCAUGUGCCCAUCAAUUCGAUCAGCUCAUUUCACAAAAAAUGUGUGGUGAGUCAAAAUAAUCCUUAG